GGCUCCUUGAAUGGUUUGUCAGAAAAUGGCUGCCUCAAACGAAUCAGGGGCUAACGAGUCUGGAAAUUCAACAAACAGUGACCCAGAUGAACGUCUGAAAAAGCUUUACCCAGCUGUUAACGAGGAAGAAACUCCAAUCCCUCGUGCCUGGAGUGCCAAAGACAAAUUUAAUUAUCUUGUUUUGACACAAAACAACCUUCGAGUUCAGUACAAAGGCGCUGGCAAGACGCACAAGGAUGCAGCCAGUGUUCGGGCAACACACCCGAUACCAGUGUCUUGUGGGAUCUACUACUUUGAAGUGAAGAUUGUCAGCAAAGGGAGAGAUGGGUACAUGGGUAUUGGAUUAGCUGCUCAGGGAGUCAAUCAGAACAGAUUACCAGGUUGGGACAAGCAGUCCUAUGGUUACCACGGUGAUGAUGGGAACUCCUUCUGCUCCUCCGGGCAAGGAGAGCCGUACGGGCCGACUUUCUCGACGGGUGAUGUGGUGGGUUGCUGCGUCAACCUUGUAGAAAACACCUGCUUCUACACAAAGAAUGGAGUGAAUCUUGGUAUUGCCUUCACAGAUCUGCCGCAUGGAUUAUACCCGACUGUUGGACUGCAAACACCAGGGGAAGUUGUGGAGGCAAACUUCGGUCAGGCGCCGUUUGUGUUUGACAUAGAGGACUAUAUACGGGAAUGGAGGAUGAAGACUCGACUGACCAUAGAACGAUUUCCUGUCAUUGACAGAAAGGGGGAAUGGCAAUCAGCAUUACAGAGGAUUGUGUCCAGCUAUCUGGUUCACCACGGCUACUGUGCCACUGCCGAAGCAUUUGCUAAGUCUACUGGCCAGAAUAUUGACGAGGAUAUAGCCUCCAUCAAAAACAGACAGCGAAUUUCCAAGUUGGUCCUAGCAGGCCGCAUGGGAGAGGCGAUUGAGGCCACACAGCAACUAUACCCGGGUCUUCUAGAGCGGGACUCAAACUUGUUGUUCCUGCUGAAAUGCAGGCAGUUCAUAGAGAUGGUGAACGGCAGUGACAGCGAGGUGCGCGGGUCUGCGUUACGGAGCCCCAGAUCUCAGCAUGGGGGCAGCAACCGGUCGAGCCCCUCGCGCAGCCCCUUGCACCAUUCACACAGACCCACACAGGCCCUUCAACAUGGGCCACACUCAGGGAACACUAGUCCGAGUCGUACAAAGACUCACACUAAAUCUUCGCUCGCCUCUUUGCAACCAUAUCCGUCGUUAUCAUCGUCCAUUUCGUCCUCCUGCUCUUCCCCCACGGUAAAUUCCUCCCUGUUGCAUGGAAAUGGUGUAACCCAUAGCAACAAAACAAACAACCAAUCAGAAUGUAGUAAUACUAAGACUUUCUCAGAGGAGAAUUUGAAUGUGGCCAAUAUGGCGAACUCCAGUGCAAACGGUGUUGUGUUGAAUGGGAGUGAUGCCAGGUUGAUUGAGGACAUUGAAAUGAUGGAUGGCGUCUUGCCUGAGUCGCGUGAUCAUGUGACUAAUGGAACUAGCAAUGGUUCAGAGACAAAUGGACAGUGUUUAAAUGGGAGUAGUGUGAUGGAUUGCAGAGAUGAUGACAUGGAUGUAGAUCCCCCAAUAUCAAGGCGACAGCUGUGCGGGGGCAGUCAGUUGGCCAUUGAGAAGAUGCUGCAGUUUGGUCGGGAGCUCCAGUCCAUGAGUAUACGGCUCAAGAAGGAGCACGGCAAUAAUGAGGCCAACAGGAAACAACUACAGGAUGCAUUUAGUUUACUAGCCUACACAGACCCCUGGUCCAGUCCAGUUGGUGCCCAGCUCGACCCAGUCCAAAGGGAACCGGUCUGUGCAGCACUCAAUAGUGCCAUCCUAGAGUCUCAAAAUCUGCCUAGCCAACCUCCCCUAGAACUUGUGAUAUCUCAGACUGCUCAGUGUAUGAAGCUGAUGUCAAAAGCAGGCAUUGCUACGAGUGCCUUUGCCGACCCCAGCGACUAUCUCCAUUGAUAUAACGCUCACCGCUGACUUACGCUUCUUGUUGUUUAGUCAUUUGAAGACUUAUUCAUUGCAUCUCAGCGAUCUCUCUGGUGAAACAUGGGGCAGGAAUGUGGUUCCAUUUGAGCUGGUUCUUGGAAACUGGGCUUAAUGCAUGUGUGUUAAGUGGCGUCCCAGAUUAGCCUGUGCAGUCUGCACAGUUUAAUAAGAAGCGACUCUCUCCCCCUAGACUGGAUUUUGUUUGGAAGAGAAUUCCUUUAAACAAAAAAUUCCUUAAAUGAAGAAAGUGUCGUCCCUGAUUAGCCUGUGCAGACUGCACAGGCUAAUGUUGGAUGACACUUCACUCACAUGGAUUAAGCCCAGUUUGCCCAGGGCUCGGCUGUUUUUAUUUUGUAUUAGAAAAAUAUGAUUAUCGUUAAUAGUAAAUGUCAAAGUGGCAAUAGCAUUUGCAGUGUUUGCAAAGUCUUGAAAUAUCUGUCAGUCAUUCAGUUUAACUAGUAAUAUUUGUCGGUACGAAUCAGUUUCUGUCAGUCCGACUAAUUAUAAAAGAAAAACACUACAAAAGGCAGUACCUUUUAGAUGUUUUAUUGUUAUGUUUAAAUAUAUCUUUAUGUCGCCUUAUUAUUAUGUAAUUUAAGAUAUUUUUGCAUUAAAGAAUAAUUACUUCAUCGCAUGCACAUUUAACAAUUUAGGGAAAGAUCUAGUAUCCCAAUGUGUACAGGGUAAGGCUAGAAGCGUGAAAAUUUGGACCAGACAAUGACACAGACAAUGACAUUUGUUUUAUAAUUUGCUAAAUCGAGACCAGGGUAUCUAUAAGUAAAAUGCAUGCAAGUCAUGGUUUUCAGCAUAGGAGUAUAAAUUGUUAUUAAACAUUAGGGGAAAAAUGUCAAUCGUUGCCUAACAACUGGUAGACUGUUCCUCAUUUUCCAAAAAUGAACAUUAGAGAUUAAAACAAUAUCACACGAUACAAAUUUGACAAAGAAAGCAACUGGUUUCACCAGAAUUCAGUCACUGUAUUGUUUUCGAAGUUGAGGUUGUUUAAAUCUUUGUUAACAAUGGUUUAAAGAAGAAUAACAUUUAAAUGCGUGUAUCAUGUUCCAAACUAUAAAAGUACAUUCCAUACCGGUCUACUACCCAUUCGAAGCAAAUCUGAAAAAUCUCUUUUUGUUCAGCUGAGCUUGGAUUAUUUGUGGCUUAUUAUUAUUAUAAUUAUUGUUUUGAUAUUGACUUUAGACAAGAUUUAUUGUAUUUAAAUGUGAUCCAAACCGAUAUUUUAUUGUCCCCUACUGGUUUCACCGGAGGGGACUUCUGGUUUGGCUCUGUCCAUCCGUCAGGUUUUUCUAGAUCCUGCGAUAACUGUAAAAGUUCUUAAUAUUUUUUCAUGAAACUUGAAACAUGGAUAGAUGGCAAUAUGGACAUUAUGCACGUCAUUUCAUUUUGUUCCUACGUCAAAAAUUCUGGCUGCUAUGGCAACAAAAGCAAAAAAAACAAAAUUCUGACAAUGGUGGAAUUUCUGACUAUGGUGGAGCCGGUAGGGGACCAUAUUGCUUGACAAUAGCCUUGUCAUCCCCCGCCAGAGGCGGAGGGAUAUUGUUUUGGCGUUGUCCGUCCGUCAGGCUGUCCGUCCGUCCGGUCGGCACUUUUGUGUUCGGAGCCAUAUCUUGGAAGUGCUUCGUAUGAGUAUAUAUAUGCAUAAGAGGAUGAUGCAUGCCAAAUGGCAUUGUACACCAUUAGUUAAAAACAGAGUUAUGGCCCUUUGUAUCUUGAAAAAAUGCUUUUUACUAUAGGCACUUUUCUGUCCGGAGCCAUAUCUUGGAAGUGCUUUGGCGGAUUUCUUUGAAACUUGGUAUGAGUAUAUAUAUAUACAUAAGAGGAUGAUGCACGCCAAAUGGCAUUGUACACCAUUUGUUAAAAAAAGAGAUAUGGCCGUUUGUAUCUUGAACAAAUGCUUUUUACUAUAGGCACUUUUGUGUCCAGAGCCAUAUCUUGGGUGUGCUUUGGUGGAUUUCAAUGAAACUUGGUAUGAGUAUAUAUAUGCAUAAGAGGAUGAUGCACCCCAAAUGGCAUUGUAUACAACCUAUUUAAAACAGAGUUAUGGCCCUUUGUAUCUUGAAAAAAUGCUUUUUACUAUAGGCACUUUUGUGUCCGGAGCCAUAUCUUGGAAGUGCUUUGGCGGAUUUCAUUAAAACUUGGUAUGAGUAUAUAUAUGGAUAAGAGGAUGAUGCACGCCAAAUGACAUUGUACACCAUCUGUUAAUUACAGAGUUAUGGCCCUUUGUAUCUUGAAAAAAUGCUUUUUUCAGUGUCAAAUAUAACCCUUUUGUGUCAAGAAGCAUAUGGGCGGGGGAUAUCAAUUCAACGAACUUGCUUGUUUUAAUAUGGUAUUAUUUAUGCUCCCAGAACUGGCAUGGUAAUUUUACCGUGAUGAAAAUGGCUCAAAUUGUUGAUAGUAACAUCACUUUCAAAUACCUUUUCUACGAAUUAAGAUAUUGUGAUCGGAUAUUUUUGUCAGUCAGUUGGACUGAUUUUAUCAAGUCAUUUGUCGGUCCUGAGUUAAAUUUGCCGGCCAUGACUAGCGGACUAAAGGUUUUUUGCGAACUCUGCUUUUGUCUAGUUAUAAUACAACAAAUGUAUAAACUUAAUGCAAUAUCUAAUAAUGAGAUUUUAUAGUUAAUGUUAUCUUUGAAUUAAAGCGUUUGGUAUUUGUUUAUAUUGUUUAUAGGGAAUGAUUGGCAUGCUGCUUAUUUACCAAAUCUAGAGUAUCUGUUUUUCAAAAUUCCUUGGUAGUUUGAGUAUCUUUGUAACAUAAAAUAAACUGAUAACAAUUUUUUUUUCUAGGAACCAUUUGCCUGACCCUAUGUAUUAUCUUGAGGAUUGUAAUUCCUGUUGAUAGUAAUUGAUUCAUGCUUUUGUUUUUACCAAGCACUUAAAUUAUAUUGAAAAUAUAUGGUAUUAAAUGUGAUAUUUUUCUUCAUAUCUUUAAGAUUUGUUAUGGGCAUUAAUAACACUUGCUUCAUGUUAAAUCCUUAUCAAUUAAAGCAUGAUUAAAAGCCAUUUUAAAUGUCUUAUUAAACAAUAAAUUGUUUGUGAAUGUGCAUCAUUUGCAUGAAUAGUCGUCUUAAAGAUACAGUUUUAGUGAGAUUUUCCUGCAUUUGUUAUGUAUUUGGAUAUUACUGGGAAAAAAUCAUUUUUAUGUCCCCCCACCACUAAAGUGGGGGAUAUAUUGUUUUUGCUCUGUCUGUUGGUUUGUUUCUGUGCUUGUUUGCGCCAACUUUAACAUUUGCAAUAACUUUUGCAAUAUUGAAGAUAGCAAUUUGAUAUUUGGCAUGCAUGUGUAUCUCAUGGAGCUGCACAUUUUGAGUGGUGAAAGGUCAAGGUCAUCCUUCAAGGUCAAAGGUCAAAUAUAUAGCUUCAAAGCGGCGCAAAAGGGGACAUAGUGUUUCUGACAAACACAUAUCUUGUUGAAAUUUAUUUUGAAAUAACUACAUGUAUUGAAGGGUAUAUAAUCACAUAUUCAUCAUGUGUGACCAUAAUUUUAUUUGAAUUAUUACAAUGUGGACUGUAGUGUCCUGUGACAAAGCUGCAAUAUGAUGUCCUAACACUGAUACAUUUCAACUGCCAGUAUCACCAAUAUUCAGUGUGUAACUGCUAAGCCAUAGUUUUCACAUAGCCAAUGGGGGUGGUGCACGCAAAUUGCGAUUUCAGAUGUUCACAUAUAAUAGGCGAUAUAGCUUUCUUUUACGACCCACAAUUUUUUUUCAUUAACUGGAUCUUUUUGAGCUCAAGAUGAAAUCAUAAUGUUUAAUUCGACAUUCAAUGGUCCAGUGAGUACAUAUUUGGUAGUCUUAUCAGUAUUUUUGAGCAAAUUAUUUUCGAUUUUUUUGCACAUCACUGGAAAAUCUAAUUUUACUUUAGACCAUUAGAGGAAAAUUUAAAGCUUCAAAAGAAAUACUAGUCUUUGUUUUGAGGCAAGAGACUAUGAGACCAAAUACAAAACAGGACCGUACGACACGCAUCAUGUGCAAAUGGGCUUUAUUCCAUAUGUGGCCAGGUUAGCUUUAGACCAGCCCGUGCAAUAUCACAGUCUGGUCAGUAGUUGAUCUGUCCACUUGUGAGACCAUUAAACCUUUUGUGACUUUAUGAUGCACAGGGUAGCUUCUGACAAGAUAAGACAGGCUAGUCUGGCCCCAUAUGAUGUUAAACGCUUUUAAAAAGUCUGCAUGACGUGGCGUAUAUAUUUGGGCUGUGAUCUGUGAAAAGGGGGUUUAAUACAUGUGCUUUUAUUAUAUUUUGUGUUUCAAGAAAGUCUCUUAUUAGCGUAAUCCAGUUUAGGCGGAAAGUGUUGUCCCUGAUUAGCCUGUGCAGACUGCUCAGGCUAAUCUGGCACAACUUUUUACGCACAUGCAUUAAACCCCCUUUUCACAGAGCACAGCUCAUAUAUAACACAAAAUGUACAUUCUUCCAAAUGCACAAAUGUGCUGGCAAUAAAAGUUUUUAAUGCCGUGAUAGCCAACCCAUCUCGUGUACAUUGCCUUACAUCCAGCAAGGAUAUUUGAAUAUGGAACUAUUUAUUUAUUUCGUAAACCGGUUAUAAAGUUGUUUGUUUUCAUUUUUCUUGAUAUUUAUGAAAGAAUGUUGUGUAUAUACAAGAGAAGUUAUUUCGCAAUUUGUACAGUAAAAUUUGUUAUGGCCGUGGAAAGGUUUUUUUAAUGUAGAGCAAUGUCUUGACUAGUGAAAAAUGUGUACUGAUUGUUAUAAGCAUGUUAUUUGAUCUGGGUAUGUAUACAGUUUUAUUAUUUGUUAUUAUAUGUAUAUGUAGUUAUCACCCUUUCUUCAUUAAUUUAAUGAAUUGAUAUUCCACGUAUUAUUUCACGAUUAUAAUCCACUGACGUUAUGAAGCAUGUCCUGUAUGUAAUUUGUUUGCAAAGCAUGUAUCACAUUGUCAGGAGGAGUCAUGAACAAGUCGUUGCUUUGAACAAGUUGUUGCUUUUAACCCAUUCUUCCGAAUGCAUAAAACUGACAUUAUGAAGCAUGUCCUGUAUGUAAUUUGUUUGCAAAGCGUGUGUCACAUUGUCAGGAGGAUGAAUUGAUUGAUCUUUCUGUGGAAUAGCCUGUUCAAACAAUAAACAACAGUGUUGUGUGUGAUUAUCUUAAAUACAGAUUUGAACAUUU